AUGGAUACAAACUACUCGAAGGCGUACUUUUGGACUGAUUCGACAAUCGUGUUGCAUUGGAUUUCUACCCAUUCGUCGAAAUUAAACACGUUUGUUGGAAAUCGAGUAGCGGAAAUCCAGGAUACGACAAAAGAGGUGGUUUGGAGACAUGUUCCAACACACGACAAUCCUGCAGAUGUAGUUUCGCGAGGAUGCACGGUAGAUGAAAUAAGAAAUUCCAUUUGGAUUGAGGGUCCAUCAUUUCUGGCCAAAGCAGAAGAAGAAUGGCCAUCCACAGCAGAAAUCGCUCUUUCUCCAGAAGAAGUUUCAUUAGAGAAAAGAAAAACAGCGCUGAGCUGUCAACAGCUCAAACCAAACUAUUAUCUCGAUCUGAUAGAAAGAGUAAGCUCGUAUACAAAACUUAUACGAAUCUUCGCAUACGUCAAUAGAUAUCUCAAUCUUCGAGUAUGGAGAAUGCUAUUUCCAAGUGAAUACCUGACAGCUUACGAGCUAGAAAACUCGCUUAAAAUUAUCGUUUAUUUAAUACAAAAGAAGUAUUUUUCGCAAGAAAUUGCAGCAAUCAAUGCAAAUAAAUCACUAAAAGGUUCUAUUAAAUCCUUAAGUCCGUUCAUCGAGGAUGAAGAGUUAAGGGGGAUUCGUUUGUUAAGAGUCGGAGGCCGAUUAAAGCAUGCGAAUAUCCCAGAGGAAAGCAAACAUCCACUUUUACUGCCAAAGGAUUGCAAUUUCACCAAAACUCUCGUCAGACAUCUUCAUCACUUAAAUUACCAUGCUGGUCCAAAGGCUCUUGUUGCUUUGUCGAGACAAACCUUUUGGAUUGUUAAUGUUCGUGAGGUAGCACGAUGGGUCGUCCGAAAGUGCCCACACUGUGCCAGGUACAGGCCAAAACUAUUCGAGCAGGUAAUGGGAGAUUUGCCUGCAGCUAGAUUAACCCAAUCUCGCCCAUUUUUAUGUUGCGGGGUGGACUUUUGUGGUCCAAUAUACACUUAUUACAAAAUUCGUGGCAAGGUGCCAUACAAAACAUAUGUGGCUGUCUUUGUUUGUUUUUCGUCAAAAGCAGUCCAUUUAGAAGCUGUGUCUGACCUUUCAGCUGAUGCCUUUAUAGCUGCCUUAAAAAGGAUGAUAGGUCGUAGAGGUCUCCCUAAAACCAUUCAUUGUGACAAUGCCACAAAUUUUGUUGGCGCGCAGUCAAAAUUAAAAGAACUGCGCGAUAUGUUGUUCAAACGUUCUAUUCAAGAAAAUAUUAUAAAUUUCUGUUCUAAUGCUUCCAUAAACUUUCAUUUUAUACCCCCCAGGGCACCUAAUUUCGGUGGAAUUUGGGAAGCGGCCGUAAAAACAGCAAAAGGCCAUCUUUAUCGCAGUCUCGGCGGUGCAAAACUGAACUUUGAAGAGCUGACAACGGCACUGGUAGAGAUCUCGAGGCCAUAA